UACUUUAACUCGAGUACACGAGCUGAGUACUUGUGUCAACAGGGGAAGAGCGGAGUGAGAGAUGAGCGACGACAGGAGGGAGGACGGGAGGAGUAUAAAAUGGAGAGAUAGAAGAGGAGGGAGGUGAAGCAGAUUCAGAGACAGAAAGCGGCUGCUGCUUCAGCCCAACAGUUUCUCAGCGGCAGGCGAACAGCGUCGCCUCCUCCAUCCAUCCAUCCAUCCAUCCUUCCAUCCUCCUCCUCCUCCUCCUCCUUCUCUCCUCCUCCUCUUCCUCCGGUCCUCCUCUCCAUGCCGGCGGGAGUCUCCGCGAAGCUGCCAUGGCGAAGAUGCGGGUGUCGUACGAGUACUCCGAGGCCGAGGACAAGAGCAUCCGGCUGGGUCUGUUCCUGAUCGCCUGCGGGAUCCUCAGCCUCUUCAUCCUGGGCUUCUGCUGGCUCAGCCCGACGCUGCAGAGCCUCCAGAGCAAGCCGGCCAACUGCACGGUGGUGUCAGUGUUGCGUCCAGAGGAGAUGUUCGAGUGCGUGUUCACGUGCGGUGCGGACUGUAAGGGGACGUCUUUGUAUCCCUGCCUGCAGAUCUUCGUGAACAACUCAGAGUCGAACUCUGUGGCUCUGCUGCACUUCGAUGAGCAGCAGCUCGUCCUCAACCCAAAGUGUUCCUACGUCCCUCCCUGUGAGAGGGACAACCAGAAAAACAGAGACAGCGUUUUGUGGUGGGAAGAUUACUUCACCAAAGAGGUCAGCAGUCAGUCCUUCACCUGCUUCUUCAACCAGCAGAGGAGGCCAGACGACGUGUUGUGGCGCCGUUCCCACGACACCAGCGUCCUGCUGCACUGUGUCCUCUGGCCAAUGGUGUCGCUCCUGCUGGGCACGCUCAUCGUGCUCCUGACGGUGUGUGCGCGCUCCCUGGCUGUUCGAGCUGAGGCUCUGCAGAAGAGGAAGUGCUCCUAUGAAGUGUGCCAAGACCUUUCUGCCACGCCCUCAAACCGCCGUGGACACAAGCCCGAAGACCCCCUGUCGACGAACUCUGACCCCGAGCUGUCGUCACCGACAAGGACCCUGCCGCUGUUUGCGGUGCCGGUGCGACGCCGCGAUCGCGAACAUUAGGAUGAACCGGAGACUGUUUGGCCGCCUGGUGAAAUUCACUGGGAUUGCUAACGAGCUGGUGGGCGAAGUCGACCACAUGGCUGAGGACGCCUCCAACAGCCCACUGCGGUCUGGUGUGGUGUGUAUGAUCAGAAAAACCAGGAGGGACUAGGAAAAGAGGACGAGGGGAAAUCCACCCUGUUGCCUAUAGAUUUCAGCAGAAACAUCAGCAUCUUUGAUUGAAACCCGACCAGCUGGAUCAGCGGCGUCGAGCUGAAUCUCCUCACUACGAGUCAUUAUGAAGAGUUAGUCUAAUGACUACAGUGCUGUGAUAGAGUCAAACCUGAGGAUUCACACAUGGAACCCAACUGCUCUGAACUGCGGUCCAACUGUAGCUCUACUGUUAAUGUAGUUUUCCCUUUGAGUCCCAGUAGCCAUAGCUGUUGAUAGCCGAGCCAAAGUCCUCUUCAGCAUCUCUUCAGGCUAGCUGCUGUUUCUCGAGCUUCUGUGACUUUCGCUGAGGGUUUCUGUUGGUUUACUCUACAUAUUCGGGGAUAAAUAAGUGUAUACCAGCAGUCAGACAGAACUAUUUGAACCCUGUGACAAAGUCAGUGAUUCCUUAGCAUCCAAAAAUCUACAGAUUUUAUGAUUUUAUCUUUUUGAUGCACUAACACUUUCUUCUCUUCUUUCCUUCCACCCUCUCAGUCCUCCUGUUGUUACAGUCUCGUAUUUCUGGAAUUGUUUUGGGGACUUUUUAUUGUUUUUCCUGCUUUUCUUUUGUGUGGCCCUGUGCCGUCACCAUGACUCUCGAUUACAGCCAAACCGGUGGUGGCCCCUCAACUGGCCCCCUUUUGACCAGCUGCUAACCAGCAAAGGUCUUUGGUUCCAUAUCACUCACAGUGUCUGUUCAGUUCUGCUAAAAAGAACACUUUUAAGUUAUAUAAAAAUGGCCGUCCUUCCACAGAUAAAAAGAGUUGACUAAAUUUGUGUUGGAUUUGUAGUGACUAGUGGCAAAAGUACAAAUUUAUAUCUCAGUGAGUUCUGCGGUAAGUGAAAACAAUAGUUCCUUUGCCUCCAAUCAGUUGAUUAAAUUAAUAAGCUAUUAUUUUUCAGCUUUCCCAAGUAUCUUUAAUGUAUUCUUUUCAUUAUCAUCCUGAUCAACAACUAUCACUGAGUAAAUGUACGUUCGUCAUGUGAAAAACAAAGUUAACAAGCUGCUGGAGUAAGUGGGGAUACAUUUAUAGAUCAAUCUGAUUGGAGGUAAACCUAAAUAAUUAAACUUUAUCAUUUAUUUAUGUAUUCAAAUGUGCUGUUGACUCAUCAUUAGCCGCUCCUGGUGUUUCUGGGACUCUGAACCGCCGCCUGGUUAGUGAAAUGAGAGCCCUUUGAACCAUGAAGGUGUUUGCAGGAAGCAGGAACAAACCACAAGCUGUGAUGCUGGAGGUUAGACUGGGAGCACAGCAGACACAACCAGUUACAUUACUGUGAACAGACCAGGUAGGCUCCACUAGCUCCACGGCUAACUGAGCUAACGGUAGCCAUAGCAACAGCCAAACACGACCACAGUAGACUUUUGGGGCUGCCUGCUCAUUCUGGCCAUAUUUUACAAGUUGCUCCUGUGAGCCAGUAUUAUUAAGACAAUCAUUCACCUUUAACUGAUGUGUGACACGCUCAGGUCAACUCAUGUCCUUGUACACAAAUCUACUACCAGUAUGUGAUAAACUGUUAAUGUGUUGUUAUCAGGUCACUUUAACUGCCAGACAAACAACCAACCAAAGUUCUGCUCCUGCCAGAACGUCAAACAACAUCAGUGAUUGUUUUGGUGAUUAGUCAUGCUGCAAGACCUCAAACUGCUCAUCCAACGACUACCAGUCUAGCAGAAAUAAGUCUUAGUCUGUGCAGUGUUUUCCUGCUAGCCAACAAGCCUCUAAACAGCUGAAGCUUCAUCAAGUCUUUGAAGCUAAUUAAGAGCAUAAUGAAAGGAUGUCGUAGCAGAGUUGUAUCCUCAUGGCUGAAUGUUAAACAGACGUGUUGUUGCUCAGUAAACACGGGGGAAGGGGACAUUAAACAACACAUGGCCGAUGCCCUGAGGCUUUUCCAGUGCUGCCUUCAGCGGUAAUGAGGACAAAAUCUAGACCAUGUGAGCAAAGCAGGAUGCUUUCGACCCCGUUUACACUGAGUCUCUUCAUGUGUCCUGGCCGAUUUGGAGAGCCACUGAUCUGAAAGCAAUAAGGCUGGAAAAUUUUGUCUUUUCUUUAUUUCACUUCUGUCCAGUGGUGAGAUUUACAGCUGAAAUUAGAGGAUCCAUUUUGGGGUGGAGGAGCUGUUACUCACAUUCUGUCUGUGACUUCAUAGUUUCCACAGACAGGUAUCUGCUCCACACAGGCUGUUUACCUGCAUGCAACCAACACCUGCUCAAACCUAACAGGACCCCGACGUCUCCGCAUCCACAAGAUCUUUGUCAGACGAAAGCCAAGACUGCUGACCAGACCGUGAACAAUGACUGGAAGUCUUGGCCUGGAUGUUUGUGGUCCAGGCAUCUGCUAGCUGUUCCAAAAGCCCCAAAACAUUGGCCAUCACCCCCAGAGGCUGAAUCAGGCUAAUGUUCAACUCUGCGG